AUGGGGACGGGACCCGGCGUCUCCGGGCGCCGCGCGGCCUCCAGGCCGAGCCCCGGGCUGCCCUCCCGGGACUCCGAGCCCGGCUGGGCGGGGUGUCGCGGCCGCCACGGGGAAGACCAGAUAUGCCACCACGCCGACUGCCAGCAGCUGCACCGCCGGGGCCCCCUCAGCCUCUGCGAGGCCUGUGACAGCAAGUUCCACGGUGCCAUGCAUUAUGAUGGGCACGUCCGCUUCGACCUGCCCCCCCAAGGCUCUGUCCUGGCUCGGAAUGUAUCCACCCGGUCAUGCCCCCCGCGCACCAGCCCUGCAGUGGACAUAGAGGAGGAGGAAGAGAGCUCUGUGGAUGGCAAGGGGGACCGGAAGGGCACAGGCCUGAAGCUCUCCAAGAAGAAAGCCUGGAGGAGACACACAGAUGACCCAAGCAAGGAGUGCUUCACGCUGAAAUUUGACCUGAACGUGGAUAUCGAGACGGAGAUCGCACCAGCCAUGAGGAAGAAGUCGCUGGGGGAGGUGCUGCUGCCCGUAUUUGAAAGGAAGGGCAUUGCACUGGGCAAAGUGGAUAUCUACCUGGACCAGUCCAACACGCCCCUGUCCCUCACCUUUGAGGCCUACAGGUUUGGGGGACACUACCUGCGGGUCAAAGCCCCAGCUAAGCCAGGGGACGAGGGGAAGGUGGAGCAGGGGGUGAAGGACUCCAAGUCCCUGAGUCUGCCGAUCCUGCGGCCAGCCGGGGCCGGGCCCCCCACCCAGGAGCGCGUGGACCCGCAGAGCCGCCGGGAGAGCCUGGACAUCCUGGCCCCUGGCCGCCGACGCAAGAACAUGUCGGAGUUCCUGGGGGAGGCGAGCAUCCCUGGGCAGGAGCCCCCAGCGCCCUCCAGCUGCUCUCUGCCCAGCGGCAGUAGUAGCGGCAGCAGCAGCAGUGGCGGCAGUGACAGCUGGAAGAACCGGGCGGCCAGUCGCUUCAGCGGCUUCUUCAGCUCAGGCCCCAGCACCAGCGCCUUCAGCCGGGAGGUGGCCAAGCUGGAGCAGCUGGAGGGCAAGCUGCACGCCUACAGCCUCUUCGGGCUGCCCAGGCUGCCCCGGAGGCUGUGCUUUGACCACGACUCGUGGGAGGAGGAAGGUGACGAAGAGGAGUACGAGGACGACGCCUGCCUGCGGCUGGAGGACAGCUGGCGGGAGCUCAUCGACGGCCACGAGAAGCUGACCCGGCGUCAGUGCCACCAGCAGGAGGCGGUGUGGGAGCUCCUGCACACAGAAGCCUCCUACAUUAAGAAACUGAGGGUGAUCACCAACCUGUUCCUGUGCUGCCUCCUGAAUCUGCAAGAGUCAGGGCUGCUGUGUGAGGUGGAGGCGGAGCGCCUGUUCAGCAACGUCCCGGAGAUCGCGCGGCUGCACCGCGGGCUGUGGGGCAGCGUGAUGGCGCCAGUGCUGGAGAAGGCGCGGCGCACGCGGGCGCUGCUGCAGCCCGGGGAUUUCCUCAAAGGCUUUAAGAUGUUCGGCUCCCUCUUCAAGCCCUACAUCCGAUACUGCAUGGAGGAGGAGGGCUGCAUGGAGUACAUGCGGGGCCUACUACGCGACAACGACCUCUUCCGGGCCUACGUCACGUGGGCCGAGAAGCACCAGCAGUGCCAGCGGCUGAAGCUGAGCGACAUGCUGGCCAAGCCCCACCAGCGGCUCACCAAGUACCCGCUGCUGCUCAAGUCGGUGCUAAGGAAGACCGACGAGCCGCGCGCCAAGGAGGCCGUCGUCACCAUGAUCGGCUCGGUGGAGCGCUUCAUCCACCACGUGAACGCGUGCAUGCGGCAGCGACAGGAGAGGCAGCGGCUGGCGGCCGUGGUGAGCCGCAUCGACGCCUACGAGGUGGUGGAGGGCAGCAACGACGAGGUGGACAAGCUCCUGAAGGAAUUUCUACAUCUGGACCUGACAGCACCCAUCCCUGGCGCCUCCCCUGAGGAGACACGCCAGCUGCUGCUGGAAGGGAGCCUGAGGAUGAAGGAGGGGAAGGACAGCAAGAUGGACGUGUACUGCUUUCUCUUCACUGACCUGCUCCUGGUGACCAAGGCAGUGAAGAAGGCAGAGAGGACCAAGGUGAUCAGGCCGCCACUGCUGGUGGAAAAGAUCGUGUGCCGGGAGCUUCGGGACCCUGGGUCCUUCCUUCUCAUCUACCUGAACGAGUUCCACAGUGCUGUGGGGGCCUACACGUUCCAGGCCAGCGGCCAGGCUUUGUGCCGUGGCUGGGUGGACGCCAUCUACGAUGCCCAGAGCCAGCUUCAGCAGCUGCGUGUGCAGGAGCACCCAGGCAGCCAGCAGCACCUGCAGAGCCUGGAAGAGGAGGAGGACGGGCAGGAGGACGAGGACGAGGAAGGAGGGGAGAGCAGCGCGUCGGCUGCCAGUUCCCCUACCGCCCUGCGCAAGAGCAGCAGCAGCCUCGACUCGCAGCGCUGUGUCUCGGAUGGCUCCACGGAGACCCUGGCCAUGGUGGUGGUGGAGCCUGGGGGGAUGCUGUCCUCUCCCGAGUUCGAGGGCGGCCCCUUCAGCUCCCAAUCAGACGAGACCUCUCUCGGCACCACCGCCUCGUCUGUCACGCCCACCAGCGAGCUGCUGCCCCUGGGCCCAGUGGAUGGCCGCUCCUGCUCUAUAGACUCCGCCUACGGCACCCUCUCCCCAACCUCCCUGCAAGACUUUAUGGCCCCGGCCCCUACGGUGGAGCCAGCACUCCGGCCCCCAGAGUCAUCGCGAGCCCCUUCACCCCCACCCUCGCCGCGCCUCCGCCGACGCACUCCUGUCCAGCUGCUGCCCUGUCUGCCCCACCUGCUCAAGUCCAAAUCUGAGGCCAGUCUCCUCCAGCUGCUGUCGGGGGCCACCACCCGUGGAGAGCCCCCAGCCCCUAGCCGCAGCCUGUCGGAACUCUGCUUGGCUGCUACCGUCCCUGGCACCAGGACUCAGGGCUCCCCUCAGGAAGCUGGGCCCAGCUGGGAUUGCCAGGGGACACCAGGCCCUGGCAGUGGCCCCGAGCUGUCAGAGCUGGAGGGUGGAGCCGGCUGUCCAGCUGGGGAGCCCAAAGGACCCACCAGGAGGAGCAGAGAGCUGUCCUCGGGGGCCUCGCCCAGGGUCCAGCCUGAGCACCCCCCAGGGACCUCUGCCCAGCACAGGAAGCUGACGUUGGCCCAGCUCUACCGAAUCAGGACCACCCUGCUGCUUAACUCCACCCUCACUGCCUCGUGA